AAAUAAUUCCAGCCAUAAAGAGAGAAUUGCUGAUUAAAACUAGACUUAGGAAUCCUGAGUCAGCUUCCUCGAAUCGCAAAUGGAUGUUGUGGGUGAGAAAGCUUUGGGGCCCUAGUUGCCCCAAAGCCACCGGCACUCUGGCUGGCGGCGGCAACACUUGUUACUGCAACAGCGUUUUCCAGGUAAUUACUGAGUUCAGCAGAAGGUUUUAGCAGGUUGUUAAGAGAGGGAUUAGAGUCAUUUAUAGGCUAAUUUUGCCAGAACUUGUUACAGAUGUUGAUGGAGUAAUGCUAUUAGUUUUUGGUUACCCUGGUUCCAUCUGCAGUACAUACUUUUAUAGUGCAUGCCAUCUUCAUGUCGUUUAAUUAUAGGACUGUCUAUAGCCCAAAUCAAAAAAUUCAUACCUUAUAGGUGGAGAAAGGGUGCCAAAGCAGAAGAUAUUCGGUCAAAUCAACCAUUCAAAUUGCAGAAUUCUGAAAAAGCUGUCCUGGAACCAUCUAUUAUAACUAAUGAUGAAUUCAUGAUAAAAAACCUCCUUGCAUCUCUCCAAGAAUAUGCUACCCAAGGCCAGUUAUCGUCAGCAUUCAAAGUCUUUUCUCUUAUCAAGUUCCAUACCUCUUAUUCUGCUUCUGACAACCUUAUCUUAUAUCCUAUCUCUUCACUUCUUUUAUCUUGUACAAACCUUAAAUUGCUUCCGGCGGGCAAGCAGCUUCAUGCCCAAAUUAUGUUUUUGGGUCUGGAACAAUCUCCCAUUCUGGUUCCUAAGCUUGUCUCCUUUUAUUCAACAUUUGAUCUUCUUGAUGAUGCUCGAAUUGUUACUGAGAAUUCAAAUAUUUUGCACCCAUUGUCUUGGAACCUGCUUAUCUCAUCCUAUGUUAGAAAUGGGCUUUUUGAGGAGUCCCUCUGUGCUUAUAAGCACAUGGUUAGCAAGGGGAUUAGACCAGAUAAUUUCACUUACCCAUCUGUUCUGAAGGCUUGUGGAGAGAUAUUGGAUUUGGAGUUGGGGGAAACAGUUCAUAAAUCCAUUAAUGAUAGCUGCAAAGAGUGGUGCUUGUAUGUGCAUAAUGCAUUAAUUUCAAUGUAUGGGAAAUUUGGAGAGGUAGAUGUUGCACGAAGCUUGUUUGAGAAAAUGCCAGAAAGGGACACUGUUUCUUGGAAUACAAUAAUCAGUUGUUUUGCCUCAAGAAGCUUGUGGAAGGAGGCUUUUGAGUUCUUUGAAAAAAUGCAGGUUGAAGUUUUUGAGUUGAGUAUCAUAACUUGCAAUAUCAUAGCUGGAAUGUGCUUGCGAACAGGCAAUUUUAGUGGGACACUACAGUUGUUAUCACAAAUGAGAACUAGUGGCAGUGGUUUGGAUUCAGUGACAAUAAUUUCUGGGCUGGGGGCCUGCUCACAUGUUGGGGCCAUUAAACUGGGAAAAGAAAUUCAUGGUUUUGUCAUUCGCAAUUGUUAUGAUGGAUUUGAUAGUGUUAGAAAUGCUUUGAUUACCAUGUAUUCCAGUUGUGAAGACCUGUGGCAUGCCCAUACUUUAUUUCAGUCAAUAGAAGAAAAAAGUAUAAUUACUUGGAACUCAAUGCUUUCUGGUUAUGCUCACAUGGAUCAACCUGAGGAAGCUUCCUUCCUAUUUAGAGAGAUGUUGCUUUCUGGAGUUGAACCAAAUUAUGUUACAAUUGCCAGCAUCCUGCCUCUUUGUGCCAGAGUGGCUAAUCUGCAACAUGGUAAGGAAUUCCAUUGCUACCUUACAAGGCGUGAAGUGUUUAAAAAUUAUUUGUUACCAUGGAAUGCACUUGUGGACAUGUAUGCAAGAUCAGGAAAAAUUCUAGCAGCUAAAAGAGUGUUUGAUUUAAUGGAAAGGAGGGAUGGAGUGACUUAUACCUCCUUGAUUGCUGGGUAUGGGAUGCAGGGAAAAGGAGAAACUGCACUGAAACUGUUUAAGGAGAUGAUUGAGCUCCAAAUAAAACCAGAUGAUAUAACCAUGGUAGCGGUUCUAUCAGCAUGCAGCCAUUCUGGUUUAGUAGCUGAAGGUCAAAUGUGGUUCCAAAAGAUGCAAAGCAUCCAUGGUAUAAUUCCUACAUUGGAGCACUUUGAUUGCAUGGUUGAUCUCUAUGGGAGGGCUGGUAUGUUGAAUAAAGCAAUGGAAACUAUUUCAAGAAUGCCCUACAAACCAAGCCCUGCCACAUGGGCCGCAUUGAUAGGAGCUUGUCGGAUACAUGGUAAUACAGAUGUAGGGGAAUGGGCAGCUGAGAAACUGUUGGAGUUAAGGCCUGAAAAUUCAGGUUACUAUGUAUUGAUUGGUAAUAUGUAUGCAGCAGCUGGUCGUUGGGAAAAGGUAGCAAAAGUUAGGACUUUCAUGCAGGACUUAGGUGUCAGGAAAGCUCCCAGCUGCUCCCCUAGAUUGAUGUGGGCUCAAAAUUUUCAAGCUCUAAACGUGGGAAAACAAAGGAGUUUUUUUUAACAUGUGUCUUAAUAAUAGAGGAUAAUGAUUUUUUUUUUUGGUUAUAAAUGUAUCUAAAAAAUAUAAAAUCUAGUAUUAAUU